AAACGGGCCAGCGGUAAUUAUGAUUUUGUCACUUCACGUAUUUACUGCCGAAUCUUAUUCUUACCCAUCUUAAGUCAGAAUAAAGCCUAACAUUCUUCACAUUACUCUUAUUCAUCGAGUAUGUUGCAACAAUGGUUUCAUCGGAUAUCAAAGGCAUACUCAGAAAAGUUUUAGGUGUAUUGAAACGCGAGGAGCUUGGAGAUGUUGUUCAGAAAUGGGGGGUUUUCGGCGAGGAACGCGUUCGAGAGGUUACCCAGCUGGCAAACUCCACCAGGCCGAUGGUCCCCCGUAAAUCCGUCACUGAAAAGAUCGUACAGGAGUGCUUGAAACAAAAGAUCAGCAAGAAGCAGAUUACUGAGCUUGAUCUCUUAUGUAACAUGCGGCAUCCUGAAAAGAAAAAAUGGUCUGUUUAUGAACUCAAGGGACUCGGUGAAGAUCAUAGCAAGAAGGCUUUUGACCCUCAAGUAUACUUUGACAAAUUGACAAAACACCUUUCUGUUUACUUUAAACAUGAUUUAUGUAUGGACAAACGAGGAGAGGCUAUUUGGCUUCGCAUCGGAGUCUAUGAUAGCGGGAAAGAUACUGCAAACACUUUCAGCUCUAAUGCCAUCUAUGUAGUCUACCAUCCACAUUCUCGUCAUCUUAUCUUGUCUGUCGUGAAAAAAAGUCUUGUGCAGUUUGUUAUGCAGGCUUUAAUCUUAUCGCUUGGCUGUACCAGUUGUAAAGAAACUAAGCUCACUGGAUAUCAUCUAGAUUCCCUGGCGGACCUUACCCUGAACUCUGCCUCCCAGGGCUGGUUCUCAAAGUUCAGACACAACCAAGUUGACACCAAUCCUUUGGUCAAGACACAGACAAGGAAGAGAAGAGGAGAUUCUCUCGACUUGGAAGACAAAUCCCUCAUCUCUGAGAAUGUGGAAGAUGAGGAAAACCGAACAAAAGACCUGGACAGUUCGUUUGGACCAAACAAACAGCCUAAAUUGGAAAGGAUUUGCUACGAGAUGGAGAACAAGUUCAGGGGUAUGCGCGCUGCUCCAAGGAUGGCAACCCGUCAGGAGCCAUUCCGCUGCACUGUCAAGUUUGAAGGUCCCGAUGUCCUGGAAGGCCUUAGACAGCUCCAUCCAUCAGGGAUCAGUUCUUCUGCCUUACCGUACCUCUUUGAACAGGUUCUAUCCACUGGCAAGAACCACUUUCGCAUCUAUGACAAGUCUUCCAGAGACCGGAAAGGCUCAUGAAAAUUGAUUUUUGUAGAUGAGGAACCAUGUAGUUUCCUUUGGAUUUCAGGGGAAGCACUGUAUGCAUUGAUGACACUACAAUAGAAGACUGUGAGAUGGAUCUUAACAACAAUCUUCAACCAGGUUUGUUUUAGACCUGUGCCAAACAGUUAGAUAUAUUUUGGAUAUACAUGGUGAAAGAGAUCUGAUAUAAAUAUGUUUCUGAUAUAGAGAAAAUCCCUAUGAUAUCUAAUCCUCUUUCUUCACAUUCUUCAGGAGCUUUUUUACCUUAAUAGCAGGGCCCGCUGGGAGAACAGUUUUCGGAACUGAAGUGGCUACCCUGGGUAAAUAUACCUUUAUUAUUAUUAUUAUUACCUUGAUGAAAUGUGAUUCAAGAUAUACCAUCAUAAUUUGGAUGGUCCCUAGGUCUGGAUAACCUAAUUACACAGAGAUGGCAUUGUAUCUUUGCUCUUUAUUUUCAGUUCUAGCAAACUUCCACUUACCCACAGCCAUAAUUUCAUUUUUCAUUGUGAUUGAACUUUGUACAAUUACAAAUUAUUCUGAUCACAUCUCUAAUAAACACAGACCUUUGAAUUGAUUUUAAUUUACUUUCAACAUACACCAUGUUCCAUCAGAUUAGAGCUCUGUUUAGUCUUCUAUGAAGCUAAUUUGAAUUUGACUGAGCUUUGUACAAUAAUGACAUUCAUGCUUUAGUUUUGCACCUGUGGUUACUAUUUAAUUUGAUUUAUAGAUUUGUUUUCUUUUCUUAGAAGAGUUUUCUUCAUUAAUUCCUCUUGGAAUGGACACGAGUCCCACCAUUGUGUCAUUGACCUGCUACACAAUAAAGAUUAUGCAAUAAAUAUGCAUUGUGAUAUUUAUAUCACACCUGGGUGUAGAGUGGUAAAUGUAGAUCAUCAUCUUGGCAAAGGGAAAUAAAUGUCUUGGGCUCUUGGCAGAGUCCAUAUCAUAUAUAUUUGGUCAAAUACGGUCCAAGACAACCCUUUAAAUGGUACUUUGAUAAUAAGAAAUGGGUUGCAAUCAUGAUGAAAAAUACAGACACAUGUAAAUACAGAUAAUGCCAUUUAUAUUUAUUUACCAGAAAGGGAUUGUGGGCGGGAGGGGAGCUGCUGAAAUGGAUGUCAAUAAUAUGAAGCAAGAUUCAAACACCUACUUGUUCAUAUAACUUUUAGUCAGACAUGUCGUAAGAGCAACAUGAAAAUGACCAUUCAUUAUGACUUCCUACAUUUUUUUUUGCCAGGUUUCAUUAUCCACAGUUGUUCAUGGAUUGUGGAUUAUUGACGAACAGCUGUUUAGAAACACCCUGGUUGUUUUAUUCAGCUGUUUGUAAGUCCUACAUGACUUUACACAUGUUCUUGUGCUUAAUUUUAUACAUUAUAAAGUUUCGUGAUUUACCCAAGUGGGGUUGCAUCCUUUAAACCCUAAUGAAAAUUUGACAAGUGAUAAACUUUGCAUUCAGAUGCUUGUUUAAUCUUCAAAGACUGGAUUUCAACCGAAGCUGAUGGGAAUAAAAAAUAGACCGAGAAUAUGCGAAACUGACUAAUAGCUCCAUUAAAUGCCCCUAUUCCCCCCUAUUCUGUGAACUUGGGGUGGAAUAGACAAUUUUAGACAAAUAUUUAUCAGAAUUUUUUUUUGGGGGGAGGGGGGGAGUUAUGACUUUUUGUAUUAUAUGUAGUGUACAUACUUAUCUGAAAUGCUUAUACUUGUAAAUACUAUUAUUGUUUUUAUGCUAGACUUUGUAAUUGAAAUAAAAUCAGUGAGUCUUACAA